AUGACUUCCCUGCUGACAGCGCUGGGCACUGUGCUCUGCUUCCUGACGGUUUCCUCUGAGAUCAUGCCACAGGCUGACUUCAAUCUGCAGGAGAUGGCGGGAAAGUGGUACCUCAUUGGAUUUGCCACCAAUGCCCAGUGGUUUACCGCCCGCAGGGCCAGCAUGAAGAUGGGCACGGCAGUGUUCAGCCCUACUGUCGAUGGGGACCUGGACAUGUCCUACGCCAGUCUCACCUCUGAUGGCUCUUGUUGGAGAAUGAGUGGCCUGGCGAAAAAGACUGACAUGCCUGGAAGGUUCAGAUACACCAGCGAGAGCUGGGAGAAUGACAACGACAUGCGCAUGGUGGACGUCAAGUACGACGAGUACGCUCUGACCCACACCAUCAAGACCAAGGGAAGCGAUAUCACCAUCGUCAACAAACUAUAUGGUCGUGGAGUUCACCUCAGCCCAGACCUGCUGGAGAAGUUCAGGCAGUUCUCCUUGGAGACCGGCAUCCUGCCCGGGAACGUGGCUUUCCUGCCAAGAAAUGGGGAGUGCCCAUCUGCUUAG